GUCAUGGUGAACAUGCUAUAUAAUCAGUUUACAAACUAUGCUUCCUAAUACUAGUAUCUGUCGCCUUGUAACGCUUUCACUGCUGGCGUUAUUUGCACCAUCUGCAUUCGCAACAAAUGCGAAAGUCUUGAUCUAUUCAGCUACAGAAGAUUUUCGACACGAUUCCAUACCUACCGCAAUACAAGCUCUCCAGUCCAAGGGACCGUCGUUCGAUAUUCAGUUCGAAACCACCGAAGACAAGGCUCAAUUCACGGACCAGUAUCUAGCUCGAUACGACGCUCUUCUGUUCUUGGAUAACACUGGAGAAGUCCUAGAUGAUUUAGGCAAAGCUGCUUUACAAAAAUAUCUAGACUUGGGCGGAAACUUUAUAGGCAUCCAUGCCGCUUCAGAUUGUCUGAGAAAUACUACUUUUUACGGGCAUGAAGUUGGCGCUUUCUUUGACUAUCAUCCUGCGCUUCAGAAUGCCACGGUUGACGUUAUUGAUUCUUCCCAUCCUAGUACGAGCAUGCUUCCAGCUCAAUGGCACGUACAAGACGAGAUGUACAACUUUAAGUCUGAUCCGAGAACGAUUGGUGCCACGAUAAUCCUCUCUGCGAACGAGUCCAGUUACAUUGAUACAGGGACUCGCCUUAAUCAAGGAACUCCUCAUCCUACUGCUUGGUUCCAGGAGCGCGGCGCCGGUGCAGAGAGCAAUGGAACUGCUGGACGUAGCUUUUACACCAGCUUGGGUCAUCUGAAUGAAACUUGGCAGGAUGAAUUGUUUUUGGCACAUGUUUUUGGCGGAAUUACAUGGACAUUACAAUCAAACACAACCCUGGCGUUCAACACUUCUGCUGAAGUUGGAAACCCGUCAGUUUCUGUCGAUCCUACGAGUAGUUCAUCCUCAACAACUGGCACUUCUACCUCGUCAUCGUCCGCCGUCAUUUCUGUGCCGCCAAUAGACGUGCUGCCACUGAAAUUUAUGGUCCUCAGCAUUAUAGCCGCAACUUUCUUCCCAUGGCUUUCAUCUUUUUAUCUUGGUCGCUUCGUAUUAACCGCUUAUUUUUGACUUGUUCUCUACCUCGAGGGAAGGAAAGGAAAACCGACAUGGCCCGUGCUACAUACCUUGCGCCAUUAUGUAUGCCACGGAGGACUCUCGGAAGUUUCUAUUUUCACGCGACGUUGCCAAUGAGAUAAUCGUUUCUUUUAUUCUACAUAGGACGAAGCAAGGGCGUUCCCACCUGUUCUUGGAUGAAAUCUAUUGCUCAGCACAACUGAAAUAAAGUUCAGCCUAAAGCAGUCCCCUUGAUGAGGUUCACACUGACUGUGUGACCCCAUCUAUCUAUCUAUCUGACAACCUAUAGAGGGCUUGGUCA